ACUGCGUUCCCCUACACUCCCGCCAUUCUUCACGUGUACCCCUUUAUUUACACAACGAAUUUUCACAUCACAAUUAACAAUCCCACCCUUUCGCAUUCAACAUUAAUUAAUUUAUUUUCUCCAACAAUGGAUCAGCUCUCUGCUUCUUCCUCCAAUUCACCCGGCCACCACCGCUCCCACCGCCGCUCAUGGCUCGCCCAACCAGUCACCGACCGGAUCUUCCGGGCCAUGCGCCACCAUCUCCGCCUCCUACACCGUUCCGAAUCCACCUUCUUCGUACUCGGCGCCACUGGGAACGUCUAUAUCGUCGGUCUCACCACCACCCCAACCUGCACUUGCCCUGAUCGUACCUCCCCUUGUAAACACAUCCUCUUCGUUCUAAUCCGGGUGCUCGGCGUAUCCCCAGAUGACAACUGUCUCCGUCGGCGGACUCUCCGGCCCUGCCGGCUGAGUCGUCUGCUGAGUUCUCCUACCUUGCCGGAAUCCAUGGCGGGGCCAGGUCUACGAGAGAGGUUCCACCAGCUUUUCUUUCAAUCAGAGGUUGCGAGCACUUGUUCUCAUAUGAGCCGGGUUGAGAUAGAAGAUGGGACUUUGUGCCCUGUUUGCCUCGAAGAGAUUGGUGGGGAUGGUGGACAGAGUGUGGUGGCUUGCCGGAGUUGCCGGAACUUGAUCCAUGAAGAGUGCUUAGCUCGGUGGAAGAAGAGCAGAGGGAGGAGGCCGGCGAGUUGCGUCAUCUGCCGAGCCAGGUGGAGAGACGAUCGGAACCACCAAGACAAGUAUCUCAACCUCUCUGCUUAUAUUAGUCUAGACGAUGUGCCCGUGGCUCACCCUUCCCAGGGUCGUCCAUGUGGUGGUUGAAGUUCUACAUUUAUGACUAUUUUAAUCUGAUUGGGUGUAUAUAAUUUUCA